UUUGUUCUACCUGAAGAUUUUCAGUAGCUCUGCUCGAAAUUGAACUCGUCCAUAACUUCCAAUUCACAGUGUUUUUUAUUUUGAAAUUCAUUCUCUAAACUUAAUCGAACGAAUAUUUUUUUGAAUUGACAACAUGAAUCGAUUUGUGAUGUUAUUGUUUUUGAUAACUUUGAUUGGCUUUGCUUCAACACAAUUCAUUGGUUCAGCAGGAUAUGGCAAUCAAGGCUCUGUAAAUGGUCAACGAGGCUACGGGCAACACGGUUAUGGUCAACAACAUGGAUAUGGUCAACAACAUGGUUAUGGUCAACAACAUGGCUAUGGUCAACAACAUGGUUAUGGUCCACAACAUGGUUAUGGUCAACAACAUGGCCACGGACAGCAACAUGGUUAUGGACAACAAGGACAGCAACAUGGCUACGGUGGUUCAAAUUCUGGUCAAAAUUUGGCCGGGCAAAUCCUUGGAUCCCUUGGCCGGCGCCGCUAAUUGGUCAUCUAAGCCUAAUCUUCCUGAUUUAAAAUAACAUUUCA